AUGGCGCCGGAGGUGAUCCCUCCGCCGUACGUUAUCGCAGAAGACGACCAGCGGGGCCUGAUCGUGGUGAUAACGGCAACAACGCUGUCUUUCGUGUGGACCUGUCUGUUGAUUCGAAUAUACCUGCGGGUUAGGACGAGAGAGUGGAGGUCCGACGACUACUUUCUCGCUGCUGCGACGGUAGGAAGCGCCUGGGUGCCACUGCGCCGUUCGUUGUUGCUGACAGCGUGCACAUCUGGAUUGACAUUCCACGUGGUGAACGAGGGACUCGGGAAGACGCUGGAAAGUUUGUCUCAGGCCGAUCUGAAUCAGAUCGGCAAGUUCGACUUCGGAUCGCAGCUCCUCUACAUCAUCACGCUUCUGCUCUCAAAAUGCGCAAUGCUGUUUCUAUACCUCCGUCUUUCACCCGAGAGAGGCCACGUCUUUGCGUCAUGGGGGACCGUAGCAGCGUCGUUCGUAUGGGCCGUCGCAGCCAUCAUCCUGAUCGCAGUGCCGUGCCAGCCCUCCGAGUUCUGGAGUGAUGGGCCUGGGAAGUGUUCAAAUGUAUGGCCGCGAUGGCAGGCCGUUGGCGCAAUCGACAUCGUCACCGAAGCGAUCAUCUUCCUCAUCUCCGUCUACCUCGUGGCCCAGCUCAACAUGAAGAUGAAGAGCAAAGCCAUGGUGGUCGCCGCAUUCUCCGCCCGCCUCCCCGUCAUAAUCGCAGCCGCCUUCCGCCUACACUAUGUGCACACGACACUCGUUGCCGACGACCGCACGCUGGAGGGCGCAAAAUACGUGGUGGCAACACAGUGGCACAUUGGCUAUGCCAUUAUGUCGACCACAAUAACCGGGCUUGGCCCCUUCCUCCGCCCAUUCAGCAAAUCCUUCAGCACGUCCUACCGCCGCUCCUCCUACUCGCACCAUCCGAGCGUCCCCAGCUCCUCGCUGGGGGACUCACAGACCAAAUCGCGAAACCACCCACACGCCAUGAGCUACCAGAUGCAGCCUCUAAAAGCACAUCAGGUCAACAUAUCCUCGAGCGGCAAUCGGAAUAGCCCUUCCUCGACACCCCAGAGCUCCUCGCAAAACACCACCCUUACUCUACGGCCUGACUCCGACGUGUUCAAGCAGAACACAGCAGUCACAGGAGGGCAUAGGGCACCGAGCGCGGGAGACGAAGAGGAAACCGUGAGCAGGAUGAGCCAAGAAAGCACACAAUGGAUCAUCAAGAAGAAGACUGAGUUGAAGGUGGAGACGGAUCGGGCCAGCAAUGUUGGCAGGAUGUAA